AUGAAAAUGAAAAGCAUGUACUUUGUGGCGGGGUUGCUUUUAAUGAUUGUUCAAAGCAGCUGGCAAAGCGCCCUUCAAGAAGCAGAAGAGAAAUCCAGAUUAUUCAAAGCUUCCCAGGCUGAACCAUUAGAUGAAUCUAGACAGCUGAACGAAGUGAAACGUCAUUCACAAGGUACAUUCACCAGCGAUUACAGCAAGUUCUUGGACACGAGGAGAGCUCAAGAUUUUGUAGAGUGGUUAAUGAGCAGUAAAAGAAGCGGGUAA